AUGCCACUGCCUUCGCCGCAUCAAUCACCAAGCGGAAACAAUUUCGAUGCAACAUCGACUUCCAUGAAAGUCGAUUCGAGCAUUACAAAACCUGCCACCUUAAAACCUUUUCCUCAGCAAAAUGCAGAAAAUUUCCAAAAUGAUUCUCCGUCAAGCCCGCCUCUUCCGAAGCAAUCAGUACUUCGCCGAGCAUGGAGGAGAAUCGGCAUCACACCACAGGUUUUCAUGAUCAUGGUCAAACCAUCGAUUUCUGCAGUCAUUGCUAUGGGCAUUUACCAAAAACACUCGGUUGCAGUCAAUUACUUGAACCUUGGAUACCUUAUUAUCAUCAUAUCCAUCAUUUCUGUUCCCAUUCUACCUCGUGGGAAAUAUCUGAUGAACUUGUUUCUGUGCCUGUUCUUGACAUGCUUCGCAUGUGGAAUGGUCUAUUUAGGGAUAUGGGCGGGAGUCAAAGCUCGUCAGCACACUACUCCUCCAGAUGCAUCACCCUCGGUCGCUCUAGGUUACAACUCAUCUGCCUCUGUGGUCAAUGCAAUAUUCCUGAUGGUCAACAUGUUCGGAAUAAACACGCUCCGAGCAAGCCGAUUAUCCCUCAAGAUUCCUUCCAUCCAUUACACCAUUUUCACAUUGGUUGGCUUCACGUAUGGCCCCCAACAGGCGACUGUUGAGCACGCCAGAAGGUUUACAAAGGAGCUUCUCUAUGCUUUCCUUACUGGUUAUGGCAUUUCCGCAGGAGUUUCACGGUUCAUUAUUCCAGUUUCAUCGAGGAAGGUGUUCUUCGGGGAGGUGAUUGGUUUUCUGCAGAGCUGUCGGGGGCUGUUGAAGACCCAGCUUGACUUUGUUCAAGUCCUGGACCAUUUGGAGAUGUGUGAUGGCACGCCAAUGGACAGCUCCAAUUCCGAUAGAGCGAACAAAGGUGACAUGAAAGAAGAGCGAAAAGCCGUGUUUGAGAAGAAACUUGGCGCUUUGAAGGCAGCAUCGGGGAGUAUUCUUGCUUUACAAGCCAAGCUUCGAGAUGAUGUGCUGUUUGCAGAGAGAGAAACUGCAUACGGAUAUCUUACCGAAACAGAUAUCCGCAAGAUAUACGACCUAUUACGAGAUAUCACGCUCCCAGUCUCAGGCCUAUCAACAAUUGGAGAUAUUGUGGAGAGAAUGAGCGAAGCAAGUGAAUUGCCUAAAACAGCUUCCGGAACCAGUUUUGGCGGCUUCUCCCAGGAUGACCGGGAAGAGUGGCAAAACAUGAUCGAGGAAGUAAACGGAUCAUUCGACAGAAUGAUCACAGUUCUGGACGAAAGUAUUCUUCACAUCUUGAUCUCCCUCAAGUUCAUACCCCCACCAACAGCGACACCUGAGGAUAUCGAGAAAGGUCUUACAAAUCCUCAACCAGGGCAUAUAGGGUUCGGCGAUUUCCUACUACGGAGCACUGAAGAGUUUCGAGAGCAAAGAUCCACCCAUUUGCGUCUCUGGGCAGAACAGAGGGGUCUCAGCUCCGUUUUCCAGACGACAACAAAACAUUACACAAGCCCAUCGAAAGACCCCAAGAAAGAUAGAUCAGUGCUGAAAAGCGUUUCCAGUGAGGUGAGUACUUCUAAAAGAUUACAUGUAGUUCUGUACAUGGAAUACUUGCUCUACUCUGUCUGUAUGGCUAUUCUGAAGCUUGUACGAUAUGCCGAAGCGAAGGCUACAGACGGAACAUUCAAGAAAAAGCGUAUUAUUGUGCCAAAACUCAAGACAAUUAUCCAAUGGGUCAGGGGACUCAUCACCGGAGAGGAUGCAGACCCAACAGCGAAUGUUGACCAAUCUGCUGGCGUCGAAGCUGUGUACAUCGGAGACUCAUUCCGAGCAUCAAAAGAUCCUGAGCAUCUUCCCCCGAAGACACUCUGGCAACGCUUUGGAAACUACUUUCGAUACAUACCAAAGUUCUUAGGCUCUGAUGCUGUUAGGUUUGGUGUCAGAGUCACUAUUGCCGUGAUGAGUAUCGCUGUCAUGUGCUAUGUUAGGCAGACCCAUAAGUUCUUCAUCAGACAAAGGGUGGUCUGGUGCUUGGUUAUGAUUGGAAUUGGGAUGAAUUCUUCUUCAGGGAGUGCUAUCUUCAUUUUGCUGGGAAAUCUGGUGGUAACCUUUAUCGGCAUGAUCGGAGCCUACAUCAACUGGUAUAUUGUGGAUCAGAAGACAGCAGGGGUCAUCGUGCUGUUCCUUUCUUCUUGA